AAACACGGCGAGCGGCUUCUACGCAAACUGCGCACACGUCGGUGUCUCCCGACCUGCGGCCGACCGACUUCGGGCGUAAACCCUGUACGCGAAUAGCCGGAGGACGGCGUAGCGACGCGUCCAGUGCGCAGUGCGCGGGGACGCGGAGCAGCAGCAGCAGCAGCAGCAGCAGCAGCCAGCUGGGAGGAUCCAGAUGUGACCGUGGCUCCAGGAGACGCGUCUCACCCAGAGAACCCCGGAGCGGAGCAUGGGCAGCGGUGCACGCGGCGGUCUGAACCCCGAACGCCUCCACCUCUCCGCCGGACACCGACUCCUGCUCCUCGGCGGCGGAUCCCGGAGGAACUAGCUUCGAGGACCGCGCGCGAGCUAGCUAGCACAGGCUAGCGAGGCUAAGCUAAGCUAGGCUAGCUUGCCUGUUAUUAUUGCAGCCCCCCACCCCGCGCGCAACGAACCUUCCCUGCUCGCCCCCGACACGCGCACAGGAGGGAAACAUGGUGUACCUGUUGAAUUCUAUAGAGAACCUAAGGAGCCACAUCAACAACCGUCCACCACUGGUCAUUUUUAUGAUCAGUGUCAGUGCGGUGGCCAUCGCCUUCCUGACCAUCGGGUAUUUCUUCAAGAUUAAAGAGAUAAAGUCUCCGGAGCUGACAGAGGACUGGAACACCUUUCUGCUGCGCUACAAUGAGCUGGACGUGUGUGUGUCGGAGAAUGAAACGAUAAAGCAUGGCCUGAACGAGUCGACCACACCGGAGAGCCUGGUCGUGACCAGUGGCCAGGCUCGGUCCAGCACCCAGACCCCCCUCCUGCUGGACGACUCGGGUGCCAUCAACAUCUCUGUCCCCAUCACGCUCACGCUGGACCCGCAGCGCCCGUUUGGAGGCUACUCGCGCAAUAUCACCCACCUGUAUGCCACCGUGCUGGGGCAGCAAGUGGGUCUCUCUGGCCGGGAAGCCCAUGAAGAGAUAAACAUCACCUUCACCCUGCCUGUAUCCUGGAACUCCGACGACUGUGUGCUGCACGGACACUGCGAGCAGGUGGUGUUCAGCACUUGCAUGACCAUCACAGCGGCCAGCAACAUCUUCCCAGUCACAGUGCAGCCGCCCCACUGCGUGCCGGAGACGUACACCAACGCCACCUCUUGGUACAAGGUGUUCACCACAGUCCGUGACUCAGACACCAAGUACAGUCAGGACUACAACCCCUUCUGGUGUUAUAAAGGAGCCAUCGGCAAGGUGUACCACGCACUCAACCCAAAGCUCACCGUCAUCGUUCCAGAUGACGACCGUUCUCUCAUCAACCUGCACCUGAUGCACACUAGCUACUUCCUGUUUGUCAUGGUCAUCACUAUGUUCUGCUACGCAGUCAUCAAGGGGCGGCCGGGCAAAGUACGACAAACCAACCCUGACUUCUGCCCUGAGAAGGUACAACAGACACCAGCCGAGCUAAAUGACCCACACAGGUGGCGCUGUCAGACUGUUAAAAUGAUGUGAGAGCGCUUUGUCAGAACUUAACUGCAAAACGGACAAACUCAAAAAAAAAAGACACGGACGAAAUAACAUAAACAUACCAGUUGCCUAGUGAACCCUGGAAAUACAAAUAAGGGACUCAAAAAGCUCUGUGAAUGCAUUACUCUUGCAAUGUUGGGUUUCUCCAACCAAAGAUAUACAAGUGCCUGUAUCUGUGGUGUAAAUAUUUGUAGGAACUCUGAUAAUCUGUGCAAGACCUUUUUUGUUUCUUUUUUCACUAUGAUUCUGAUUCUUUGCCUGGGUUCCCCUCGUGCCAUGUCCGCACAUGCAGUACAGAAACACAGCAAACGGCCACAUUCAAGAACUUCAUUGCCACUUUUUUAUUUUUUUUAUUUUAAGCAAGAUCAAGAAAAGGAGGUGGGGGGGUUACACGGCUUUUUCUCGAAAUGUCUUUUUUGUUUUUCAUAGACUGUGAAUAAAGAUGGACGAAUGAAGAAA